CAGGAUGCGUAUUAUUUGAAGUGGGGUGAUCUCGGAGCUGAAAAUAUUAUAAUUGAAGUGUAGAUUGUUGACUUCAGGUUUCUAUCGUAUGUCUUGAUAUUAAAUGGUUAACUUUUGGAUAUUUCAAAAUGUGUUUACGGACGAUGUCACCGCUCUUGUAGGAAUGUAAAUGUGUAGUGGAAGAUGACUAAUCUUCUGCUACAAGGAAUAUUGAAUGAAGAAUUUUUGUUUUGUUUUGUUUACAUUCGUUUUGUGACUUCUGUUACGAAUAGAAUAUUUGUUGAUGUCAAAUGUAUAAUUCACUAAUUAUGAUGUACGUGUUAUUUAAUCAUUGCUUUUUCUCUUUCCAGCGUAUGAGAAAGUAUAUACGAGAAAUUAUUCGAAGCUAAGUUUUGCAUAUACUUUGUUUAUGAAGCUAUGCAAAGAAUAGUGUAACCGCUAGAAAACUUGACCAUCGAGAUCUCUCCUUAGUGCUCAAUCAAUUCGAAGGAAACUAUUUUUGAAACGAUAUCUGUUUGUCUCUGAACUCAAAAGCCAUUUGGAUAAUAUCUUGCAUAUAGUCUUAAUCCGGGACUAAAGAUUUCUAUCGAAUUUACGGCGUAAUUCGAGAGGGUUCACUUUAAAGUGAAAGGAGGAGGAAAAUUCUGUUUUAACUGUGUUUUUUCUAAGGCCUCAAAAUUCCGAUUGUCAGCACUUGGUCUGCACUUAUGGACAAAAAGAAGCCGGUCAAACGGCCUCGCAUGGAUACAAUACCCAUUGGUGCCCGUGCUCCGAUUCCAAAUGGGCCUAUGCAUACAAGACCGCUAGUGGCACUUUUGGAUGGCAGGGAUUGCUCUGUUGAAAUGCCUAUUCUCAAAGAUGUGGCAACAGUAGCCUUCUGUGAUGCUCAGUCAACACAAGAAAUCCAUGAGAAGGUUUUAAAUGAAGCUGUAGGAGCACUGAUGUGGCAUACCAUCACAUUAACUAAAGAAGAUCUAGAUAAAUUCAAGGCUCUAAGAAUAAUUGUCCGUAUAGGUUCAGGAGUUGAUAACAUUGAUAUCAAAGCUGCUGGUGAAUUAGGUAUAGCUGUCUGUAAUGUCCCAGGAUAUGGAGUAGAGGAAGUUGCUGAUACUACAAUGUGCCUCAUUCUUAAUUUGUAUCGGCGUACAUAUUGGCUUGCAAAUAUGGUAAGAGAAGGAAAGAAAUUUCAGGGUCCAGAACAAGUGCGUGAAGCUGCUCAGGGAUGUGCUAGAAUUCGUGGAGACACACUUGGCAUAAUUGGACUAGGGCGUGUUGGAACGGCUGUAGCACUACGUGCCAAAGCAUUUGGUUUUAAUGUGAUAUUUUAUGAUCCAUAUCUUCCUGAUGGCAUUGAAAAGUCUUUAGGUCUUACAAGGGUUUACACAUUGCAGGAUUUGCUCUUUCAGAGUGAUUGCGUGUCAUUACAUUGUACUCUUAAUGAACACAAUCACCAUGUAUUCAAUGAGUUCACCAUUAAGCAAAUGCGACCAGGAGCCUUUUUAGUAAAUACAGCUCGAGGAGGUUUAGUUGAUGAGAAUGCAUUAGCUUUGGCUUUAAAAGAUGGUCGAAUCAGAGCGGCUGCCUUAGACGUCCACGAGAAUGAACCAUAUAAUGCUUUAGCAGGUCCAUUAAAAGAUGCACCUAACCUUAUAUGCACUCCUCAUGCAGCAUGGUACAGUGAUGCAAGUUCUACUGAAUUACGUGAUAUGGCUGCUAGUGAAAUUCGUCGAGCGAUUGUUGGCCGUAUUCCAGACUCUCUUCGAAAUUGCGUGAACAAAGAGUACUUUGUGAGUAGUGGAUAUAGUGAAGGCAUUAAUGGAGCUAGUGGUUAUAACUACAAUCCAAUGGGAGUACCGCAUUCCACUACUUUAGAACCAUUAUCAACAUCACCAGCCAUCCCUACACCUCAUUCACAACCACAUUCUACACUUCAAGAUACUCCUAAUCAUUUGGCUCCAAAACCAGAGAGUUCUGAAGUUCAUUAGCUCCAUUGCCUCCUUUUGCCGUGCCAUGAAAUUGCAUCCCACCUAUUUCUGUGCAGCAAGUCAGAGCUCUUUUAACAAAACAGCCCUCUACAGGUUAUUUGAAUUGUCUCUAUAAAUGUAGUUUGUAUGGAGAAGCAUUAUUUUGUCAGCCAUCCAGUUAUGUGAUUUGUCAUACCCCUUUAGGGAUAAAUGCCUUCUCCCUCAAUCGAUAUGCUGGACGUUUUUGUAAUAGAUUUUUACAAAAUAACUAAAAAUUAGUAUUUAUUAUAAAAAGUGUUGAUUCUUCAGAAUAAAAUUCCAUAAAAGACAAAAAAAAAAAAGUAAAGGUGGGUAUCAUGCUUUGUAGUCCGGCCACAUCUCUAACCAGUCAUUUUCAUCUUGUGGAAAUUUGCAAGAUUGUAUUGAUGUGCAAGAUGAUAUAUUAAAUCAAAGACCAGCUUUAAAUCUACUUUAGUCAUAAUACUUUUUUCAUCAGAAUGGAACUCAAGUUACUAUCCAGUGAUAGUGUUCACAUCAAGUCUCUGAGAGAUCUAUACUUAUACACAGAAUAUAUAAUUUUGUUAUUGUGCAAAAAAAAGCAACUUUAUAGCAUUAAGGAGAAGAAAGUUGUAUAACUUUUCUGUUCAUCACUACAGCCUUACUAUAUCAGGGAAACAAUUGCAGAAAAAUUUCUUCUUUCCUCUCCUAUCAUUAAGAAAAAACAGGUAGAUUGAAACUUUUUAAGUAUGUUGUAAAUUGUAAUGAUUACAUCUCGUCUCAGGCAGUACUUGUUUUAACAAGGAAGAAAAUGUAACAUAAAUAUUAAUUACAUGAUUAAAUAGCGCUUCAAAGGUUUAUGUGUUAUAUUUUGUAGAAAAUCUAUUCCAACAAGCCAUUUAUUAAAAGAUUUUUGUCUCAAUCUUUAGUUAUGUGUAACUUCGAAUUUAUGACUAACUGUGUUUAAUGUCAGUCUCUUCUGCCCGUUUUCAUCUGCUGUUAACAUAUCGUAGUAAGAUCAUUCCAAUUAUCAUAGAUUUAUAAAACUGCUAAGCCAAUAAUGCUUAGAAGGAGUAUCUUUUUUUUUUUUUUUUUAAGUCCUGGUGUCUGAAAGUGUUACCUUUUGUGUAAUUUUUUCUUGUGUAUUUUUUAAGGUGUGCUGAAAUAAGCCUUUGCUAUAAGUAUAAAUUCAGAAUACAUUUUUUUUUGGGGGGGGAUAUAGAUAUUGAUUUAGUUGAGUUUUGCUUUUCUCCUCUAUGUUGUCUUUGAAUUUUAGCGAGUUAGUUUUUUACAGAUCAAAAUCGUUUAAAUUGAGUUUUUAUUUUGUUUAUGUGAUAUAUGGUCAUUAUGUAAUUCUUUGAUGGCAUUAAUUUGAGUACAUCUGUUCCAUCGAUUGAUAGAAGUAUUGGAAUCAUUAACUGUUAUAAUAACAGUUAAUAAUGAAAGCAAUAUAUUGCCAUCUGUGAUAUCUUGAAAUCAACCUUUUCCGUUUCGCGCUAUUGACACCUGAAUUUUUUUUAUUUGUGAGAGGGAAAUUCAUUUGUUAACGAUUUGGAAGAAAAAAGUGCAAUUUUUGUUUAUUUUGUUUGAUUAUUUAAAACGAGGAAAUUAUUGUUCUGUUCUGAUGUUCUUAGACUGGUCUAUUUGAUGUCCAGACCAGAGAUCAGAAAUGCACAAAGGUAGAAAUGAAAUUAAGUGUGGACAUGUUUUUGAUAUUUUUAUGGAUUUUCUGUUAUAAUAACAGUUAAUUACUUUGGAUAAGAGUUGCUUAUAACUUAUAAUUCUAUCAAAUUCUUUAACUGUUAUAAAAAUACCUCAAAAACUUAUUGUGGCUGCUAUUGGACCUUUACCUUUGGAUUACGGGCUGGAGGAAAACUCCAUAAUCCUCGUGCAAUUUAUGGCUUUGUCAGAUUGACAGCGUGGUGUGUAAAAUAAACAUAAAAGAGAAUAUAUUUAUUUCAAGUAAUUGGAUGAUAAGUUCUGUGAUCUACGGUUGCCACAUGGAAUUGCUUUGUUUUCUUUUUCAUAGUGGCCCAUCCCACAGGAGAUAUUGAAUAAAAGAGAUAUUAAAAUAAUCUGUGAAAUGAAUAGGAAAGAAACAGAUUGAUUUAUGUAAGGUUACUUUUGUAACAUCUGUAUGCCUGUAAGGAAAAGGUUACCGUUGCAACAACAAACACACGUGUACAGACGUUUUUAAAUUUUCAGUAAAAGGAUCUGUAUCUUAUCCUUUGCAUAUUACCUUAAUAAUUGUAAUUUUGUUAUAUCAAAAUGCGUUGACUUCCUUUAUAUUUUUAUGAGUAUGAAAUAUUUAAAAUUUUUACUGUAAAAUGUGAUUUAUGUAUUUUUUAUAAAUGUGCGACUGGUACGCUUGUUUAUAACUUUAUAGUGUUAUGCACUAUACAGUAUUGAUAUUUUAUUUCAUCCUAAAGAUUAAAUUUUAUUUUAAUUGUUUCAAUUUUAAAUUGGCCUGAAAAAUGUUAAUCCAUGUAUGAGUUAGUUGUCAUGAACUCUCCUUCUGACCCAACAUUUUUGAACCGAACAUUUGAAGACAUUUUUGAAUUUGGAUCAUGACUUAAAUUGUCCACAAAAUCAGUUUUGAUUUAAUUAAUGGUUGUUUAUUAAGUUAUGACUAAACUAAAUGUUGAAAGUCUUAAGAUUAUUCAUUUCCGUGAAAGCAUUGGAGAUGUUCAGAAUAUUGAAUAAUAUUUGAAACAUAUUGCUUAUGUUAGGCACAGCAUAAUCUUAUGUGGGUUUUGUGCCAUGAAAUGUAAUUGUCAAGGAGCUGCUGUUUUUCUUUUAUUUUUUAAAAAAAGAACUUAAUAACAAUAUAGGGUAUUUCUCGCUUGAAGAAGGCAAUGAAGUUCUUUCUUUCAAAAACUAUUAGAUUAUAUUGAUUUCGUUUUAAAAUGUGAUAUCUGAAGGAAUGUAUUUAUUUUUCCAUGUAUAUAUAUAUAUAUAUAUGAACUGGUGCAUUGUUGAUGAUACACUUUUACUGUCGGUUAUGUAAGCAAUUAAAAAAAUCAUCUUUGUUGAUAUGCACAAAAAUAAAUAAAAGCUCUGUUAAUUUUAUGCUGUUUUCAUGAUUUUAUUUGGUAUUAAUUUUCUUGGUAUAUUGUUCCUUCUCAGUUGCAAUAUUCAAAUUUGUAAUGCAGUUUUACAUGUUUGAAUUUUUUUCCUCUGUAUUGGAUUUUCUGAAUUUCAUAUGCAAAGGUUAUAUAUCAGAGCCACCUAUUGUUUCGCUUUUGUACGAUUUAAAAAUUCAUGUUAUAUUGUUGAUUGACUUUUCUAGUUUUCUUUCAUCUGCUCGUGUUUUUAUUGUAUUCAAGCUGAAUUGACAUUUACUGAUUUUAAAUCAAAAGUAUUUUUUUUAGAUAUUUGUUACUUUAAAAGUAUUUGUCAGUUUUUCAGUGCUCAAUUGUUUAGUUACUAGUUCUUUAGAUAUUCAUUGGUUUAGCUGGUUUUAUAAAAUGUUACAUUGUAGUUUGUGUGUUUAGCUAUUUCACUAAAGGCUUGUGAGUAUAUAUAUUUUUUGUAAGACUUCAUAAUUGUCUUCUGUGUCAUGACUAAUUGUCUCAGGUUAUGGACAUGCAAACAAGGCUGCUUAUCAUCUAUCCCCAUCUUUUUGUGAGGGCAUUAACAUUCAUUUGGCCCUUGUACAAAGUCAUGAAAAUUUUAGUUUGUGCAGUCUUGUAGCUUCAGUGGCCUGUAGUUUUCCAUCUUUAUUCUUGUCAUGUAAAUCUGCCAUGUGUGUGUAUGUAUGAAUCAAAUCAUUUCAUGGGUGGCAGUGAUAAUAAAAUGACACUUUCAUUUCUA